UAGUGUCAACUUGACGUUUGUGUAUGAUUCACCCAAAUAGGCACUUAUUGUUGUGAAUUUCACUGAAUUGUUUGUGUUCGUAAAAAUGGAAGAGGAACUGAAAAAUUGGCUUGUUUAUUAUCGCAAUGCGGAUCACACCAGGAGGGAUGUUUUGAGGGUGUCGAGGGAGUAUCUGGGGUUGAACCCGUGCAGGGAUACCUACAAUUUCAACGAUGGCAGUCAACUGGAAUUGGUCAAUCUAAAAGGAACGAUUCCUGUCCCAUACAAAGGGAUCAUUUACAAUAUACCGAUACUCAUUUGGUUGAUGGACACACAUCCACAGAAUGCACCAAUAUGUUAUGUAAAACCUACCGCGGACAUGUCGAUCAAAGUUUCAAUGUUCGUUGAUCAAAAUGGAAAGAUUUAUUUGCCUUAUCUGCAUGAUUGGGUUCCACAUGAUUCAGAUCUGCUAGGAUUGAUACAUGUUUUGAUAUGCACAUUUGGGGAACAUCCACCAGUAUUUGCAAAGUCUAAAGAGCAGGUGCAGCCUUUACCUUACCCAAAAGAUAAUAUGCUUCCUCAUGGUGCAGGCAGCAGUAUGUCCCAAUACAGACCGCCGUCUUAUCCAGUCCAAACGCCGCAAACUGGCUACAAUUAUAAUAUGCCAUACGUUCCUACACCGGGCUACCCUCCGUACGGUGCAUUCCCUACCCCUUAUCCAGCUUAUCCAACGCCAGUUGCGAAUAAUGCAGGGACUAUUAAGGAUGAGCACAUCAAGGAAUCUUUACUCAGCGCGAUCGAGGAGAAGCUCAUGAGGCGAAUGAACGAGCGCUUCCAGCAGAACCAAGCGGAAAUGGACACUCUUCAGAGGACUUUGCAGGAGCUGAAGCAAGGCAAAAUGAAACUUGAUGGUAUUUUGGAGCAGUUAACUAAAGAAAAGAAUGAUCUUGAUAAGAACAUAACUGUGUUGAAAGACAAAGAGCAGGAAUUGGAUAAGGCCAUCGAGAGGUUGAGUAAUCAAGAAUCCAUCGAUGUUGAUGACGCUGUUACGACAACCGCACCAUUAUACAAACAAUUGUUGAAUGCUUUUGCUGAAGAGGCAGCUUUGGAGGAUGCAAUCUAUUACAUGGGUGAGGCUCUGAGAUGUGGGGUCAUUGAUUUGGAUGUGUUCCUAAGGCAAGUGAGAACGUUGUCCCGCAAACAGUUCAUGCUCAGGGCUUUAAUGCAGAAGUGUCGCCAGAAGGCCGGCCUGGCGCCCGUCUAACUUAUAAGAGGAAUAACAUUUAUUUAUAUAUAUAUAGAGUUAUAUAAAUAUCACUUGCUUAUUUCGUUGGAUAUGAAUUCACAUGUAAUCAGUCUCUUUUUAAACACUGUAAAAUCAGAAAUUAUGUAAUAUUUUAUUUCCAAAUAAACACAAUAUAUAUUUUAA